AAAUAUAAUUGUUUAACUUACAAUUAGUGUGAAAUAAUUAAGUUUUAUCGAUGAGACCAUACAAAACAUAUGAUUUACUGAUAAUAUUAUUUAUGAUCUGUAUCAUGGUGUAUCACACUACAAAUAUCAUAUAGAACCACGCGUUGAAUAUAACCAAAGGUUAGUUAUAGUUCUAAAUAAAUAAAUAAAUAUUAAUUUUUGUAGUAAUUUUUUUAUCACGCGCGUGAAUUAUCAUUAUUAUUAUACAUUGAUGUUGUUUUAGUUUUUAUUACAAGUUUAUAUUUAUUAUCCACAAAAUGAAAGUUUAUUUAGUGGAAGUGAUUUAAAAAAGGCUUCCUGAUUAUACUUUAGCUUUAAUUAUAAAUUAAAUAUUUAAAUAAUGUAACAAUUUUUUUAUUUCGUCCGAAUAAGAUUCUUGAAAUUUCUUUUAUUUUUUUGCAUUCGUCGAAUUGGUAACAUAGUUUUUAACUCCGAUGAUAUUGUUGUGAGCUUUAAUAGCCUCAUAGAGCUUGCGUAUUUAGUUUCGAAAGCUGCCCGCUGGAUGGCGUGUAUAUACGUAAUACAUAAUGCAUCUCUAUUCUUUGUCACUUUGUACUGAGAGUCAUAAGCUUUUAUCUUUAUAAAAAAUUACAAAUUUUUGUUCUGUUGUAUUUCGAAUUUAAAUUCUUGUUAACCAAGAGGCACAUGAAAUUAUAUUAUAAUUAUAGAAAUAUAUUAAGUUAUAUAUUAAAAUGUAAAAAAUAUUAGAAGUGAAAUAUUAACACUAGGAAUAUAUAAUUAGAUGUGAAAUAUAUUUGCGAAAAAAUAUUGUCACUUUGCGCAUCUGCAUCACUCGAUCAAGCUCGAUCACACGGUAUUCCCCAAGUUACGUUGGGAAUUGCUUCGCGUUAUUCGAGAUCGAGUUGGGAUAUCCUGCGGCGAGGCGUUGAUGCUUAAAAUUAGGGGAGCCUAGAUAGCUAUUAAGUACCAUCAUGAUAAUUUGUCGUUUAGAAUAAUUCGUUGAUAAAACUUGUUUUUUAAUUAAGAUUUCUUUAGAGAAUUUUAGAUAGUUUUCAAUAAAUUAAAGAUUAUUUAAUCAAGAAUAUUGAAAUUCUGCCAAUUUUAACAGGUAGAGAGAUUCAAUGGCUCAACAGUUUUUUUGCUUUUACGUGAUAUUUACUUUUACUCUUUCAGGGGUCGAAAGCUCUUUUCGGAGAAUCUUUUGAAGAUAGGGGAAGAAUUGUGGAAGUUUGUUCAUGAAUCACGUGUAUUAAAAUCUUUGGAUAGAGGAGAGUCCAAAGAUUGCUUUUAUUCCACUUUCUGUUGUUACUAUCUAAUAGCUUAUCUUGCUUGUAUUGUACUGUUAGUGAAUCUGCAACAGCGCGUUCUCGUUUGAAGAACUGAAUUACGAUCUACGGGAACUUCGACUUUACGCACAAUGAACUUUGAAAGCUUUCACAAUUCAACGAAUAAAAAUUUUAUCUAUACACAAUGUGUUCUAAUUCUAUCAAAUAAAUGGCAGACACUUCGUGGUAGAUGAAAAACAGGCAGAUAAUUGCAAGUUAUGAUGAAAGAGGAUUAAGUUAGCAGGGAGAAGAGUUGGGACACCCCCGAGAAUUCCCAAAAUGACUGUCCGAGAAACGUUUGAGGAUAAUACACGAGCCACUGGUCGGGACGGGGGUGGAUAUCGACUUCGAUGGCCGCGAAAGCCCACGCACGAGCAGCAGCACGAACGGGCCGGAUAGGGUGGGUGGGUAGGGAAGGUGAAUUUCACCUACUUCUCUCUUCCAUACAAACACACGUUCAUUCGCGCACAUACACACACACACAGGCAGACUUCGAUCACGUUUAGGCUACGUUGUGUGUACGCGAGCAUGCAACACACACACACACACACACAAAUGUAUACGCGUGCGCGCGCGCAUACACGUGCAUGUAUAUAGGGGUGCAUCGCGCAACCAACUCCAACUCCUGAGAGGGUAGGAACGCGAGGGGACAGAGGUUUCGCAGUCACGGUGGCGCCUCCGCAGAACGCCGCGGCGGUUCCUGGCGGUGUUCCUCGACCGGCGCCUUCCACUGUACCUUUGCCGCCCCGACGUCCCACCGGGGGUCGCACCCGAUCUCUACCCCUGCGUGGACCAUUCGUGGACACCACGCACGGUUUGCCCGUGCCGUUCAAGACGGGAGUGUUACGUCGAAGCUCUUAAAGUUGCCGCCUAAACGCGUGUCGUCGCGUCUCUCUCUCUCUCUCUCUCUUUCUCUUUCUCUCUCCCACCCAUCCUUCGUCUUUCUUUCUCUUUCUCUCGCCCUCUCGUUUUUCCCGUUCCUCCCGCUACCACUUACCCGGCCGCUACUGCCGUCCUGACACGCACCAUUCGGUGAUUCAGAAACCCACCGGGCUCGCUACGGCUCGAAACGUGUUCUCUUCGCGGACCAGUCUACUCCGCGGGACCUCUGGUAGUGUGAUCUGUGACAGUGAUCGUUCACACUCCCUUCUUUUUUUGCGGGAUCAGAACUCUUCUUCUAUCCGCCCGUUUCUCCCCAGUGCCCCUUUAGACAACACGCACUCUUUGCUUGCUGGUGAUUGACAAGGUUACACAAGGCAGUCGCAGCAACGUGGUUGUCAAGGUGGACCCGGCCGUAACUGAGAAUAAUAUACCGUGUGCCAUUAUUGCCGUGUUUCAAACUUGUAAUUCAAUUUUACUUUGGGCUCUCCUUACCGUCAGUUUUCAUUCCUGUCCCGUCCUAACAUCCCGGUUUACGCGACCCGGAGAUCCAUGAAUCUGCUGACAAAAUGAUAAACGUGAUCUAGACUAACUUAUGUACAUGAUGCGAAUAGACUGAUGGACCCGCCUGGUUGGCGGGCACGUUUUCAUUAUUACAUUGUCGUUCGUUUUUAAUAUGAUAAUAUGAUACAACGAUGUUAACUUUAUCAUAUAAAAUGGUGUGUUGAAAUUAAUUAAAUAUAAAUAACUACUCAUAAUAUUCAAGGAUUUUGAAAUUGAUAAGAUUUUUGAAAUCUUUUUAGUGAGUCUAUUUAAGCUUACUUUAUUACUUUUUUAUAUUGGCAAUUAAAUAUUCGUUCAAUAUUAAAUGAUUUAGUCAUGUUCUACAAAUAUUCACAUUUAUUAAUUCUUGUAACUAAAAAUUUUACAUUCAAAGAUCUAGAUUUAAUUAACUAGAAACUAAUGACUAAACAAAUAUAGUGGAUUGUUGGACGGUUCGGAAAAAAGACUACAAUUUAACUCUUUUUGUACGUUGAAAUAUUUUAUUUUUAAUCAUUGAUUAAAAGAUAUGUUCCAUAUUUAAAGACUGAGAUCUUCAGACAAGCAGAAAUUAAUGAGAUAUUAUAAUUCUGAAAAGUUUUGAUGUAACAUACAUUUUUAUUUGUUCUCCUAGUUCUUAUAUUCCUAUUUCUUUUUCUUUUUUCAUUAUCUCCCUGUCUUUAAGUUUAUUUCAACAUGACAUAAAUUCUACACGGUAUAUUUGAUGAAAAAUAACCAAGAAACGUAAUCAAAGAUGGAUGCAUCUGACAAAAUUAAUUGACCUUGUAAGAUCAUUGAUGAAUAAUACAUACACACAUAUAUAUAUAUAUAUAUAUGAAAUUUUUAAAUAUUUCUUUAUCUUUCUAAAGAACUUUAUGAUAAAUGAAGAAGUACAUAAAUCAACAGUUUGACGCAAUUUUUUUUUCAACAGUACGAAAAUUUUAAGAAACUAUUUUCAUGUAUAUAAAUUAAAAUAUAUUUAAAAGAACUUAAAAAAAGAGAGACUUGAAUAGAAGACUCAAAUAAUUUUUAGAGAUUCGCAUUUCGCUGUGAACUCGUCUGAACGUGUCCUAGAAAAGAUUUUCCAAACGACAUUACAUGAUAGUUGUGUACAAUAUAAUCGAAGACGAGAGUUUUAUCUCUCUUUUCUUUUUGAUCCAUUCUUUCCCAGAUUUUCCAUCCUCGUGCACGGUAACAAAAAAGCAAGAUUGUUUUAUUAAAUUUAAUUUAAUUGAAGUUUAAUGACAUUAAAUAACGGCCGCACAAAGUUAUCUUCAACUGAUCGUUACGAGUAAUUCGGAUGAGUGAUCCUGUGCUCCGUCUCGCGCUUGAACAUUCCGUUAUCGGGCGAAUUUUGAAACGCGUAUUUCUCGUCUCGCAACGUUUUCCGUGGUGACGCAAUGGAAUACUUCAGUAGCAUCGUUGACAAUUCGGUUGCUGUCAUUGACAAAUGUGUGAUAGUGCAUCGUGACAGUGAACGAUACUGUUGAUAAGUGCAUGCGUUAAAGGUCCUGCAACGGGUCUGUGUGGGUAGCAUACGGGCCUCGGUGGUGGUUAGACGCAACAUGCGGGAAGGUACAAUAACGCAAGCCGUCACGGCGAUCUGCUGGGCCAUCGCCAGUUAGCCACUAGGACUCACCGCUCCGGAUUGACCCCUCUGCGAAAAAGCAACAAAGAGGCCGCCUCCAUGCAACAUGCAGAUGAUCCUGGUUGCUGGCGGAUCGCUGCCGAAACUCAGCAGCCAGGACGAAGAUGGGACGAACCCCCACACCCAAUACACAGGCGUCACACACUUCGAACCCAUACCGCACGAUCAUGACUUCUGCGAAAGAGUCGUCAUCAACGUGAGCGGGCUACGAUUUGAAACACAGCUGCGUACGCUGAACCAAUUUCCGGACACGCUGCUUGGCGAUCCGACACGGCGACUCCGAUACUUCGAUCCAUUGCGCAACGAAUACUUCUUCGAUCGAAAUCGACCUUCCUUCGAUGCCAUACUCUACUACUAUCAGAGCGGCGGUCGCUUACGCCGUCCGGUCAACGUCCCGCUCGAUGUUUUCUCCGAAGAAAUCAAGUUCUACGAGCUGGGCGAGAUGGCUACCAACAAGUUCAGGGAGGACGAGGGCUUCAUUAAGGAGGAGGAGAAGCCGCUGCCGUCGCACGAGUUCCAAAGAAAAGUCUGGCUCCUGUUCGAAUAUCCGGAAAGCUCGCAGGGUGCCCGGGUGGUCGCUAUAAUCUCCGUGUUCGUGAUUCUCCUGUCGAUUGUGAUCUUCUGCCUGGAGACGCUACCUGAGUUCAAGCACUACAAGGUCUUCAACACAACGACAAAUGGCACGAAAAUUGAGGAGGACGAAGUGCCGGACAUCACGGACCCGUUCUUCCUAAUAGAAACUAUCUGUAUCAUCUGGUUCACGUUCGAAUUAACAGUGCGCUUCCUCGCCUGCCCAAAUAAAUUUAACUUCUUCCGUGACGUAAUGAACAUCAUCGACAUCAUCGCGAUCAUUCCAUAUUUCAUCACCCUCGCCACGGUAGUGGCCGAGGAAGAGGACACGCUGAAUUUACCCAAGGCGCCGGUAAGCCCGCAGGACAAAAGUACGAACCAGGCGAUGUCCUUGGCGAUACUCAGGGUGAUCAGGCUGGUCCGAGUGUUCCGGAUAUUCAAAUUAUCCAGGCACAGUAAAGGCCUCCAGAUCCUUGGGCGAACCCUCAAGGCCUCCAUGAGGGAACUCGGGUUGCUCAUCUUUUUCCUUUUCAUUGGUGUGGUGCUAUUCUCGUCGGCGGUAUACUUCGCGGAGGCCGGCUCCGAGAAUUCGUUCUUCAAGUCCAUUCCGGACGCGUUCUGGUGGGCCGUUGUCACGAUGACGACCGUGGGCUAUGGUGACAUGACGCCCGUGGGAGUUUGGGGGAAAAUUGUGGGCUCGUUGUGUGCAAUCGCCGGUGUUUUGACGAUUGCUCUACCCGUUCCCGUAAUUGUCUCCAAUUUCAACUACUUCUAUCAUCGUGAAACUGACCAGGAAGAGAUGCAAUCGCAGAACUUUAAUCACGUGACUAGUUGCCCAUAUCUUCCUGGCACCUUAGGCUUGAAGAAGAUCUCGAUGUCGGAAUCAUCAUCGGAUAUAAUGGAGUUAGAGGAAGGCACUUUGUUUACUCAUCCGGAAAUUACAAAGAAGUCAAAUUGCAACCCUCGCCACAAUAACAAUAUCAAUCCAGCCUGCAUGAGUAUCGAGACUGACGUCUGACUACUAGUGAAGGAGACGGUGGCAGCGUGGUGGCCAUUAUUGAGCCAGUUGUCAAAAAGCAACUGCAUCUCCCUGCGGUGCCUGACGUAGGCCUCCUUCACCCGUCAUCAUAGUCGUAAGCGGCUGGCAUCACUCGCCAGCCUGUCCAGGUCCGUCAUUGCGAGGGGCGUCUCUCGGAUCAAAAACACGCGAAGAUUCAUGGGGAACGUGACCGGGAAAACUGAUCAGGCAGCUUUUUCCAUUUGAGAUUUUGCGAAAAAUGGAAGAGAAGGGUGGGUACGCGAAGAGCGAGAAAUGGGAGAAUGAAUCUGUAGUCCAUUCUCGAGACAUCGCCGUCUUUCCCGCCAUUUUCUCAACGAGCUUACGCCCCGCGUAAGGACCCACGUGCAAACGAAGGGGAUGGGAUAUUCUUCGUUCGCGUGCGAGCGCGCACGCGUACGGCCCAACCCCCGACACCACCGACUCCAGUGUUCAAAACAAAAAAAUAAAGAUAUAACAAAUGAUACCGAUGAAACAUCAUGGCGUUUUCGUAUAAGCGCUAUCGAGUGUACCCCCCGUCCUUACGGGCUCUUCCGACUUUAAAAUAUCAGACAGGUGAAACAGAAGGGGGAGCCGGUAGGUAGCGGAAGUAACAAAUGGGGAUCGUACCAGAUAAUACUAUAUUAAUUAUUAUCGAUAUAAAUUAAUUGAGUAUCGUACACGUAAGACGAGGGUAAGUUAACAAAGUACGUUUUAUGAUUAAUCGCGAAUGAGAGAACAUUUCGAAGACGCUGCUUGAGGAAGAGGUGAAAAGGGGAAACCGACAAGAAAAUUUGAAAGAAAAAAUGUAUCAAGAAGGACAGAACGAUAAUGACCACAGAGACAAAAAGAGAAAGAGAGGGGGGGGGGCGAAAGAAAAAGAAAAAGAGAGAAAGAGAAAUGGAGUGUGUGUACGGCAUGUUCCUUUUUUUUUUUUAAACAAAGGACAUCUAAUAAGCUGAUUUUCGAAUCUAUUUAUCAUUAUAUGAUAUGUUAUUUCAUAAUGGAAUUUAUUUUUAUCUGUUACAUUUGCGUAUUUGCACAUUUAACCCUUAGCUGGCACUAUUGGGUCCAGCUGACCUCAGCCUACUUUAGCUUCAAUUUACUUCUCCUUAUCAUUCAAAAUUUAUAGUUGUGGCGCUAUUUAUUAUUAGUUCGAAGAAUCCUCAAUCCUCUCGAGCACAAAGAGUAAUUUCAAUAACGUCAGUCUAGCUGUGGCAGUUGAACAAAACGGAAUAGGGUCCGCAUAGACCUCAGUGUAUCAGCAACGACCAUUAACAAACUAUUUUUUUUUAAGUAUAAUAUCUCGAGAGGCUUCAGGUAAAUUUUUAGCUUUUAAUAUGAAGUAAUAAAAAAGUUAUAAAUUUUUAAAUAAAAGUAGUCAUUUUCAUUUUUUUGCAUUCUUAAUUUUUUUCCAUGUUUAAAAUUAUAUUUUAUCAAAAUAAACUCUGAAAUCUUCUAAACUAAUAUUUGAAGACUACUUCAAAUUUUUUUCAAGUGAUAAAAAUCAAUAGCUAUUUUACAGUACACAUUUUAGUGCUUGGAGUCUGAAAAACCUCAGGGUGCUAGCUAUGUGAUUCUGAAGUGUGCCAGUUAAGAGUUAAAUGGUGACAAAGCGAUAAUGUCGAUGUUGAUUGAUGAAGUCAAAUCAUUUCUUAGAGACGAAAAGGAGUUUAAUUUCAGAUUAUUGAUUAUUGGUAAUCAUAAUCAGAUAUUUACUAAAAUAAUGACAUAAACAAUUUUUAUGAUGUCUAUAUAUGAUUACAAAAAUUACUUUAGCAAUUUUGCAUUGCACCCCCGCUGCUUAAAAUUACUAUCAUAAAAUAUAAAUUUAUCAAGAAUAUUAUUUAUCAACGUUCAAAUUACAAAACAAUUAUGUUUAUGUUAUGUUUAUGUUUAAAAUUAUCAUAUAUAAAAAAUCAUAUUUAAAAGUCAUUAAAUUUAUUCGCUUUUUCAAAAUUAUCUUCUCAUUUGUAUGUGUCCAAACACUGAAAGGAAGCUAAAACUCAGUAUAUAUCAGUAUUAAGUGACGGGGGUGUGUAUAUUCGUCUGAAUAGUGAGUUCUGAGAUGUCAUACAUCGGAUACGAGAUGUCAUAGAGGAGAUACGAAUAUUAAAGUGCGAGCAAUUGUAACGAUAAGAAACGUCCAAAAAAAUAAAAAAACCAGAAAUGUCUACCGAUGGCGCGCGAAUUUUAUGCCCAAAUCACAAUUUAAUCUUUCAACUGUACAAUUUGAUAUUUCUGUCUUUGAUAAGUGCGAUAACGAUUUCUUGAAAAUCAUGGACGAUUGCUUGCAGAAACAAGAUAAUGAUGAUGACAAUUAACAUGCACAAGUAUGAAAUAUGUAUGUUAAUAAUUUGUACAUCACGUUCUUCGUCUUUAUUAAGGCUCAAAAAUGAAAGAAUCACUGUGUGAUUCUUUCGAAGAUAAUUAUGAAAAUAAUUUUGAUUAAGCUAUUAAAGGUAUCUCUUUGAUAAUGAGGAAUAGAAACUUGUAAACUUGUGUUGAGAGAAACCUUAUAUAGCUCUUAUCGUUUUCCUCUUCCUCUCUUACAAGUAAAUUUUUUAUGAUUUCCAACCAACCCCAUUCUUUUAACUUAUUAAAAUAAUAACUGUUGUGUUAUAUGCCAUUUAGAUGACAGAAAAAAGAAACCUCUGUUUCGAGCUAUAAGUUAAAUGACAAUGUAAUUCGUGUCAAAAGGGAAGAGGAAGACAUGUGAUAUUGAGAUAAGCUACUGUCUGGAGAACGCAUGCCAAUCGAUCCUCGCACCCAAUCUCACAAAAAAUUUCAAAUUUGUUCAUUUUUUUCCCGUACGACGAGAGUACGUCACAGAAUUGCCAAGACUGCCAUUUCACAUGUCUCGAUUUAUAUUGCGCCAAGGAAUUACUCCAAGUACAUUCUCAGAGUCAAACCGACCCGAUCCGAUCGAUCUUCGAUGUGCUGAUUCGAUCUAAAUUCCAAAGUCGACUCAUGGGACGUAUCUUCGCUCGCAUAGAGUUCAAAAAUAUAAAAGAAAAAUCCGCAAAAGAAAAAAUGCAAUGUUAUUGUUCUAUUUCUCAAAAUUUUUGAUCGAAUUUUUAAUUCGAUAAAAAAAAAGAAUAAAGCUCACAUAAACUUUUUUCAGUAUCCUUUUUUUAAUAUGUUAGUCAAAUUUUCCAUUGAUUGCCAUAAAAAAUUAAGCUUUGUUAAUAGUGAAAGCCAAUUAAAAUUUUUGGAGUGAGGAUUUUAUUUAAAUAAUUGUAUUUAAGUUGAUACUGAAGGAGUUAAUUAUUUUUGUUUAGAAUAGAAAGAGGAAGUAUAAGGUAUGUAACUUAAGGCUGAUACAUAAUGAAGAGUUAAACAAAAUAUAGGAGCAAAAAUAUAAAAAUUAACCAAUGCUAACUUAAAAAUAAAGAAGUAGUUUUCUUUAUUCAUAACAAUAACAAAACAAAUAGUUGUCGAACAGCAAAAUCAACGACAUAAUCUCAGUGUCAUAAUUAUCAAUCUUUCAUGAUAAAAAUUAGCAAAAUGUUUAAGAAACAUUUAAUUAGAAAAUAAAUAAAUAUGUUUAAGAAAUUAGAUAAUUAAAUGUUCUUCAUUUUUAGGUCUGAAAUAAUUUUGCAUUGUAACUGGUGAGAAAAGAAUAUAAGAAUCGUAUUGAUUAUGGACAUAUAUUGAUUCUCUAUUUAAUAUUUAUUCGUUAUUCAAUGUAUAUCAAUGUAUUAUAUGUUUGUUGUUCUUAUAAUUCAUUAUGUAUCAGCCAUUUUAGGUAAGCAAUUAAUUAUGUGGAAAACGAUGAAGCAAAUCUAAAGAAAAGGAAAGAGGAAACCAUUCGAUUUUAUUAGGUAAUUUUAGAAGUGGAUUUAACACAGAUGACUGAUCUCGUCUUUUAAUAGACACAAUGUUAAUAAUGCAAUUUUAGUCUGCAGUAUGAUAAAGAUUGUAAAAGGAGAUAGAGAAUGAAUAUGUGAUGUGCGCGCUAGGUGUGCGUAUGUGUGUAUUUUUGAAUGAAUGAAUGACUGAAUAAUGAUCGAAUAAACAAACGAGUGAACGAGUGAGUGAGUGAGUGAGAGAAUGAGAGAGAGAGAGAGAGAGAGAGAGAGAGAGAGAGAGAGAGAGAGAGAGAGAAAGAGAGUGGGAGAUAAAAUAACACGUUAUUGAUACAAUAAUUACACGAAGAUUUACGUUACACGCUUUCAAUACAAUACUCAAACCUUUCGCCUCGCUGAUUUAGUCCAAGAAAAGACGUAUAGAAUAAUAAGAAAAUAAAAUAUAAAAAAUUACACAUCAAACUAUCAGCCUAGUUAAAAUCGAGAAAAAGAGAAUCGAAGAGAGAAUAAGAGGUGAAAAUGCGUGAGAACAAGAGAGUGAAGACGUUUCUUAAAAAAUAAAUUUAUUACUACUACUAUUAUUCUUACUAUUAUCUACUACUGCAACUACUACUAUUAUUAUUACUACUACUAUUACUUAUCACUACUACUUACUAUUAUUAACUACUAAUUACUACUGCUAUUACAACUACUGCUGCUAUUACUAUCAAACAACAAGACAUGCUACGGUGAAGUAUUUAGAUAACAAGAAACUACUUUAUUAGGCAGCCAGUAGCCAUUAGAGUACACGAAAAUAGCCAUUAGGUGGCGAACUACAUCAUUGUUGUUACUGCGUCGGAAUUAUCAAUAAUACUCGUAUCAAAAUUCCAAGUAGGUUCGAUCAAACCAAGGCAAUUGUACAUAGUCAGUUGAAUACGAAAAGUUGUCAGAUAGAAGAAACAUUAUAAAAUGCCAGUUACGUUGUCAUUUCAUUCGAUUUCCAUUGGUAGACUUUCAUCGCCUAAGACUAAAGACGCGAAAAAUCGCAUUUUGUGAAAAACUUUCAAAGAUAAACAAAUUUUUUUCCCUGAUUAAUUUCACUUAGAAAAUUAUUUUUGUUAAAGUUGUUCAUAUAUAAAUCGAAUUUAAAUAAUAAAUGAUAUAAUUUUUUAAGUUUAAUUCAUUCUUUGAACUAAUUAGAUAAAAAUUGAAUUAAAAUGUAAAAGAAUGUAUUACUUUAAAAAUGUAUAAUAUCAAAAUUAUCUAUUUGUCAAGGAAUUACAUUGAGAUGUUGGAAUUAGUUAAUAAUUUGAAAAUUAUUUUUGAUUUCUAAGUCUAAAAUUGUCUUGUUAAAACGAAAACUCCAUUAUGCUAUGUGUACUUUUAAUUACACGAACAAAGAAAGGAAAAAAAAACAGAAAAUGUAGCAUAACUUUCGACAAACUUUCAAUUCAUGCAUCGAGAACAUAAAAAUUAAAUUGCUUUGUGAUGUUUUACAAAUGACAUAAAAUGUGUGAUUGAGCGGAAAUAGUUGCUAAUGUUCUUUUUUUAUAAAAUUAAAAUCUAUAUUCUAUCUUGGAGAAAGAGAGAAACAAACAUUUUUUUUUUAAUACAAUUCUCUUCACAAUAAAAAUUGACGAAGUGAGUGUUAAAUAUUAAAGUGUCUCUUCCACCAAUGAUUUAAGAGAUUUAAGAAAAAGAAAAACAGGACAAAGAACGUGUGAAUGAAUGUGUGAACGUGGAAAAAAGAGGGAAAGAAGGAUUGGUACUGUCUGCAUGAGAAUGAAUGAGAGGAAGAAAAAAAUUAUUGGUGAUGAAUUAUGCGAGUCGAAGAUGCAUUCCGAAAUAACUAGAGAAAAAUUUAAAAAAGAAAAGAACUAGUCUCGCUACGACGCUAGAAUUAUAUUCCGCUGUUGCUAUAGAAUGAGAUAUAAUUCGUCACUAUUAAUUAAUUAAUGCAAGAAGGAGAUAUUCAAAGAGAAGAUAAUCGGCAUACUGUCGAGUUCUUGAAUAACCAAAAGAAUAACUAAUAGUAAUAAUAGUAAUAAUAAAAUAAUACAUAUGGUAAUCAGGCUGGGCAAGAUAUUAUUCCAUGAAGAUAAAGUAAAUAAAUUUUAAAAAAUGUUGGAGUGCCGGCACCACUCUCGAGCAUCCCCCGUCCUUUCUGGCCCCUCUCUGGAUUGUCACGAUCGAUCCUUCCUUACUUGAUCUCAUGCGAUCAACACUAUCAUCUAAAAUAGCAAUAAACUGCUAAAAUUAUAAUCGUAUCAUGUAAAAUAAUAACGGUGCAGAUUAUAUUACAGACAUAAAAUUGAUGUACGAAAGGUAGGAUCAAUCGUAAUGAAUCCUUGCGCAUUUAAAGAGAAUAAGAGUUUUAUGGCGUGAAAGAUGCUCGUACGCCGCCUGUGUAAAAAGAAGAAAACGAAAGGAGAACAUAUUGAAAAAAAGUUAAAUGAAGGUGAGAAAUAAAAAGCAAGUGCGAGCGCUCGUAGAUCGAGACGAUCGCUUUCAAGUGAUAUAUAUUUAGGUAUUAUAUGGAUUAAAAUAUAUUAAAGACGCUGGAAAAAAGAUAACAUAGUAUAAGAACUAAAGCGAAUGUUUGUUAUCGUUCGGAUAACGUUUUCGACGAUUGAUUUAUGCCGCGACGAGUAUUAUGUAAAUGCAUGUAGAUAUAUCAUAUACAGGGUGAAUCGUAAAGCGCGGAUAUCAGUAGCAAAGUUAUAUUCUUCGAUGAAUGUGUACAGUUAAAUUUAUUUGAAAAUUUAUAAAAUCGCUAUUUCACAUUUUUUAUAAUCUCUCUCUUUAAAUAAUUUGCUAAGCAUUGUGUUAAAUUUUUUCUAUCCAAUAUUAAUUCACGCCACUGAAAUAUCUUUAAUUAUCUGACAGUUCCGUGUAAUUAGAUUUCAAUUAUUAGAUUUUUUCGAAAAAGAAAGACGUUUCCAAAUUCAUCGUGGAAUAAGUGCCUGCUACCGGCUCUCAAUGUAACGAAAUACCCUAUAUAUCAUGUACAUGUGUGAUAUAAAAAAAAUAUAUACAUACAUAUAUACUAAAUAUGUAUAUGUAACAAAUGCCAGGAGAAAACACGGGGCAGGUAAAUCGGAGGGAGAAAAAAAAUACAUCGCGUUCGACACAUUGUGAAAAGAAGAAAAGUAAUUGUUUGUGCGAAGAGUAGAAAGUACUAAUGUUACUAUGUAUACAUAUACAUAUGCAACAUGUAUACAUGCAUACACACAAUACAUACAUACAUACAUACAUACAUACAUACAUACAUGACAUAAAAAAAAUGACUUGCGAACAAGCUAUUUAGUAGGCUAAAUCUAAAAGAAACCAAAAAAUAUAUAAGAAAUUUAUAACGUGAGGGCUGCAAACGGUAGCAGCCAUCCCUGCCAUUCUAGAUCAACGUCAGAAUCCGUUUUGUGAAUUAAUUAAAUUAAUUAAUUAUUGAUCAAGGACUCGUUUAUAUAGUGUUGAGCACUGUUUUAAGUGCUUUUCAUUUUUUGGCUGUGUGAAGCUUAUACUAAUGUAAUUUAAUGAGAAAAGGACAUAUAAUUAUCGCAUCAACUUCAUGCAAUCACUCUUUCAAAACUUUUCUGAAAAAUGGAAAAAGAAAAAAGGAAAUGUGCAGAAAGGGGUAUGUCAGAGAGAGAGGAGACAGAGUGAAUGAGUGAGUGAGAGAGUGAGAGAACGAACGAGAGAGAGAGAGAGAGAGAGAGAGAGAGAGAGAGAGAGAGAGAGAGAGAGAGAGAGAGAGAGAGAGAGAGAGAGAGAGAGAGAGAGAGAGAAGAUGCAUUACCAGCAGAUUCGAGAUCGUGAAUGAAAGAGAUGAAGAAAAGGCAAGUAAGAAAGAGAAAAAUCGGCAGCAAACAUUUAUGUAAAGAAUUAUUAAUAAAUUAAUUAUUACAUAAAAUUAAGUAUUAAAAAUAGUAAUAACGAGUAAUGAGUAAUAAAAAUGAGGUUUGAUGAUACUAAUGAGAUUACAUUAAUAAUAAUCAAUAAGUGUGUGUGUGUCACAAACGUGCGCCAUGUUUCCUUCGCGAUACGUUAAAUAUAUAUUAUUAUAAAUGAUUCCGUAUCUCCGUUUAUAUGCAUUUUAACAAAGAGAGAAAGAAGGAAAGAGAAGGAGGAACAAUGAGAAAUAAUAAGCGAAUUAUUACAGAAUACAUUUAGUGGCGUAUAAAUAUACUUAAAAAAAUACUAUAUACUCUUAACGGUACUAGCUCACAAAUAUCCUGCCGAGUUGCCCCGAGUUACGCUAAGAACCACCUGGCACGUUUUCACAAAUAAAAGAAAUUUAUUAAGUUUAUAAGCGCUAAGAGAAGUUAAGUCUAUCGCCUUAUUCAGAAUUAAAUAAAAACUAUGAAUAAACGGGAGAGAAAGAAAAGUGAAAAGGGGAGGAGACAAUAGAAAGAAGUAGUGAAAAGGGAAAACGGAAAAAAGCGAAAAAAGAAAAAGUGAAGAAAACUAAAGAAGACAAAAAUAUGGAAGAAAAAUAAAAAAUGUGUAUGUUAUAGAAAAACUGAGCUUGAAGUGAGAAGAGAAAAGAUAACAUGUAUAACACAUAUAAUCUAUUUUUUUGCUUGCGCCACACACAGACACACAGACAUACACACACAAUAAUUCUAUAAAAUAAUUAUUAUGAUUAAAAACAAAGAAGAACUGCUAAUUUUUCUAACAAGUCCGCGGAUGCUAGGAGACGACUGAUGUCCUACGUUUUCUGCGGCAAUGUUUUAUAAAGCCACUAUUUCUAUAUUGCGCAACGACUUGCUGCGUUUCAUUAAAUAAAAGA